UUGCAAGAAGUUUCGGUAAACGGUUCAGGGACUGCCAAAGUAAUUCGAAUAAUAUAUAUAAUUCGAAUUAUAUGACUUAUUAUAGAGUGUAAACUUGACUAUAUUAGCACAUCUAAAUUUUUGUAAUGUAUCGUUGUCGUAAAUAAGACGCCUGUCUUUAGAUGGAAGAACCACCAAAGAUAGUGCGGAAGGCACCGCCUGUUUUGCCGCACGUUGCAAGAGCAUUGCAAUAUGGCGGGCCUCCUGCUUCAGUCGGUCCAUCCGGUCAAGUUGAAAACUCUCAGCGUUUGCUGCCAAACUUGAGUGUAUUUGCUGGAGAAGUUGUAUCACAGAAUAGAUUUCAAAAGGAAGCACUGGAUGGAUUACAGCAAAUCCUGAAACAACUUCACUCAGAUGUUGAGACUCAAAAGAAAAUGUACCAAUCAUUGUCAACGGAGAGAUUGCUAUGGGAACAAAAAAUUGUUCUUUGCAAGGAAACGGCGAUUCAUAGCAGGAGCGAAAUUAGUGAGGUUAAGUCAGAGCUUCUUGAUUUGAUGAAAAUAAAACAAAAGAUAUUGGAGCAGAUUCAAACAACUGAAAUAGAUAUAAGUAAAUGUGAAAAUCAAAUUAAAAAUCAAGUUUGCAAGAUGGAAAAACACAUUCAAAAGAUAGUAAAGAUAGAAGAAAAAGGCGAAGUCUUCAGGAAAAUUUCCGAGGCGAGGGAAAAACUUUCUCGAGUGCAAGACAACAUAAAUCAAUAUGUCACAUCAAAGAAUAUGGCGUUGGAGUCUGCGGAAAUAAGAUCAGAAAUGAAAAAAUUAGAUGAGGAAAAAAUGAAAUUAAGUGGAAUUUUAGUUCACAAAAGAAAUCAAGUGAAAGAAGAGGAAGAAAAAAUUUCAAAGAAAUUACAAGAACAAGAUGUGGCAAGAAAUAAAUUUGCGGCGCAAAAGCUGCGCCUUCGUCGCCAGAUUGAGAAAUCUAAAAACGUACGACAGCAAUUGAGAGACGAAGCUGAUUCUAUCAGAAGGCAGAUCAGAGAAAUUGCGGACCAUUUUCUUCAAAAAUGUUAAACCACUACCUAACUCCAUUAUCUAAGUUUUGGAUACAUAAAUAAAAACUGUUAAGUAAGACCCCAAAUCACGAAAACGAAUCAAUGCUAACAGUCAAGCUUGAAAAAGUGGGUGAGUGGUUGGUCCUGAACUUAUUGUGAUCGGUCAAUUACGGAAAAACAAGGAGAUCGAUCUCUGAGGAAUCUAUUAGUUAAUAGUUAUUCAUCAAAUUCAUGAUUUUCGACCAGAUCACAUUUGUUUUAAUUUCACCUCUCAUUCAAACGAUUGAUAUCUGAUAGCAUAGUUGCUCACCUAAAAGAUGGGAGCCAAUGUCAGACGAUGUUAUUUCUUAUUAUUAUGUUGUCUUUGUUGGUACAAAAUUAAAUUUAAAUAAAAACUUCAUG